UGUCUCAACCCACGGGUAUCAUGGAACGCUCCAUUUCUUUGAUUUCAAUUUCAACCGAGGACCAGGUCUUAAAAUGCAACUCUUUCUCAGGCACACUUAGUGUGCGCCGCACUUUAGUAUCUAGUUUAUUGCGUUUAAUAGUCAAUACUAGAAAUAAUAAAAAGUGUUCCUAUUCUAUCCAACUUCCUUGUUAUUGCCUUCGCGAAAGUGUAUGUUUAUGAGACACAAUGAUUUGGAUCUUCAUAAUUGUUUUACUUUUUGCGAACACCCGAGCAAUUGAAUAUUCAGAAGAGAAUUUAAAGGUGUGGUCGUUAGGAAUAAACUUUUCUAAAUCAUUCAAGGCAAAAUGUUUCAAGUACAUGCAGCAUAAGGAAUUCGAAAAAACUUUGGAACCUUUUGUGGAUGUUCCAAGAUGUUUUGCGACACAGUACUUAACCCCAAACGGCAUUUGUGAAAAUUAUGAGAAAGAAUCGUGUUUAAAAGAGCCUUUAUACUCAAUUAAAAGGUGUUUGGAUUCAGAUGAGCAUUAUUUUCCCGAUUUCGUGUUAGAUGGUGUAAGGCGAGCGUUGAAAGGCGCGUGUAAGGAUGGAGACUUUGUGGAACGAUUUAAAAGAAUUAGGUGCAACACACCAACGGUGGAUUUUCUGUGCUUGACUGUUGUGAAAUGCCUUCCACAAUUAAAAAUUAUUGCAAAUGUGGAUAAAAUGUUACUUUUCUUUAACAAACAGGAUGUUUGCAUCGAUAUCCGGACCUAUAGGGAUGUUCUAAUGGAAACUAUGAACGAAAGAUGUAAUGUGUCAAUCGAUGAUAAAAUAUGGGUACUUACGAUCUUUGAAGAUCUUACGGAGGAAUGCGAAAACGUACCAGAGCUGGAUAAUACCAUCGACGACUUUUAUGCAUGAAAUGAUGCUAUUCUGUUUUCCUCGCCUUAGGGUCUAUUAUAGUGUAUAUGUGUAUGAAUGAAAAAUGAUUGAUUAUUAAAAUAUUUAACUUUA